UCGGUGAAUCUGGCCGACCAAGGGCUGUCGGGGACGAUCCCUCCGCAGCUGGGCGGCAUCUCGCAGCUGAAGAUGCUUUACCUGGAAUUCAACUCCAUCUCGGGCACCAUCCCUUCGGAGAUGAGCAAGCUCUCGCAGCUGCAGCUUCUUUACCUGUACAACACCUCCAUCUCGGGCACCAUCCCUCCGGAUACGAGCAAGCUCUCGAAGUUGGAGCAUCUUAGUCUGCACAGCAACUCCAUCUCCGGCACCAUCCCUUCCGAGAUGGGCAAGCUCUCGCUGCUGAGAUAUCUUCACCUGGAAGACAAUGACAUCUCCGGCACUGUGCCG